CGCCGGCUGAAGUUACCCGGAGUCGUUUGGUCUCGUUCGAACUGUGUCUCAUAUCAUGCGGCUCGCCGCUGAGCCGUCGAACUCGGGUCCGUUUCAGCAGAGACACGACGAAGUGACCGGGGCUCCGCGGGAGCUAGUUGCCCGUAGCGCUUGUGUGCUCUUCGAGUGGCUAGAACCAGACCUCGAACCGAACCGGGCCCACGUCGACGGGCCACAGACUCUCGCAUGGACGAUUUGGACCUGCUGGGGGAAUUCGGCGUUCGUGGCGAGCCACCAGGCUGCACGGUGGGACGCCCUACUGCAGAUGUGCACCUGACCAGGGCCUGCGACUAACGACCCGGGCGGUGCAGGGAGGACUCAAGACGCCCCGUGUGACCAGCGCCCGGAGAAGGUCACCGGCAGUCAGCUGACUGAACAGGGCCGGUUCGCCUACGCCGCGCUGUGUGGCGUCUCCCUGUGCCAGCUGUUCACUGGAGAGGAAAACAGUGUGUUCAGGGAGCAGUACCUGCAGGGGUUGGUCCGCUGGCUGGACCUGGAUGAGUCGGUGAUGCCGGUCAUGGGGGCUUUCCUGUCAGGCCUCGGCUCCGAGGGCUCCGACAACUUCCUCUCCAUCCUACAGGCGGAACCUCUGCUGGCUGCAGGGGCCACGCCCAUCGUACAGGACAUGGUGUCCUUUUCUGUCAAAGACGCCCAGUAUGAUGCCAGAUCGAGGGUGCUCAUCCGUCACGUCAGCUGUCUGCUACGAGUCUCUCCGCGGCAGCUUGAGGAGUUUGAGGAAACGCUGGGAGAGAGUCUGAGGGAGGCAGGAGAGGAGAGCGAGGAGGAGUCAUCUCGGCGGCUGAGGAGAGAAAGAGGACGGAAGUUGCGGCGUUACCUCCUCAUUGGACUAGCCACUGUGGGCGGAGGAACUGUGAUUGGUGUGACAGGUGGGCUGGCAGCCCCUUUUGUGGCAGCAGGGGCCGGUGCUGUGCUCGGGGCCGGUGGGGCUGCUGCUCUGGGCUCAGCUACUGGCAUUGCAAUCAUGGCCUCUCUGUUUGGAGCAGCAGGGGCGGGAUUGACUGGCUAUAAGAUGAAUAAGUGUGUUGGAGCAAUUGAGGAAUUUGAGUUCCUGCCACUGAGCUCUGGGAAGCAUCUUCACCUGACCAUCGCUGUGACCGGUUGGCUCUGCAGUGGCAAAUACAGUUCGUUCCAGGCCCCGUGGGGCAGCCUGGGCGAGUGUGGGGAACAGUACUGCUUGUUGUGGGAGUCACGGUUCCUGAAGGACCUGGGCUCGGCCAUGGCCUCUCUGUUGGACGGGCUGGUCAGCAUUGUGGCCCAGGAAGCCCUCAAGUACACCGUGCUGUCAGGCAUCCUGACGGCUCUGACGUGGCCUGCGUCCCUGCUGGCGGCCGCCAGCGUCAUUGACCACCCCUGGUGUGUUUGCCUGAACCGCUCGGCCGAGGUCGGGAAACAUCUGGCUCAGGUUUUGAGAAGUAGACAGCAGGGGAAGCGUCCCGUCAGCCUCAUCGGUUUCAGUCUUGGGGCAAGAGUCAUCUACUACUGUUUGCAGGAGCUUGCCAAUGACCAAGGCAGCGAGGGGGUAGUGGAGGACGUGUUCCUCCUGGGGGCCCCAGUGGACGGCUCUGAAAAGGCCUGGGAGAAAAUGGCCAAGGUAGUGGCGGGAAAAAUAGUGAACGGAUACUGCAGAGGGGACUGGCUACUGGGGUUCUUGUACCGGAGUUCAGCGGCACAACUCUCUGUUGCUGGGCUACAGCCAAUCAACAUCCAGGAUCGGCGCAUGAUCAAUGUGGAUCUAUCGGCCGUGGUCAAAGGUCACUUGGACUACAUGCGUCAGAUGGACACCAUCUUAGUGGCGGUAGGAGUUCCCACCAAAGAAGUGCCGGGAGCCUCAUUCGCUCUAACUGGGGCUGUAAAGGUCACCGAGGGGACAGCGGACCUCUCCGACCCGGCCCGCAGCGGGAACCAAGGGACUGAGACGCAGAACCUGGCUGCGGAGGCUGAGAAAGAAACAAGCGGAGACGCGAACGAGGAGGCGGGUGACGGUUGGGAGAUCCCGGAUAUCUCACACCUGCUGGACUCUUGGAAUGACACCGAAGCAGCGAGUCAAACUGCAGCCGGGGACAACUCACAGCUCAAUCCCGAGGAGAACGGGACCGAUGGCGACGCGGCGUCCGCUUCCAGCGUGGCAUCGGAGGAGGCCAGAGACCCGGAUAACGAGCACGUAUCGUGGAGCUGGGACGACACACACUGGACAACGGAGCACGCGCGCGAACAAAGGAGGCUAAACCUGUAAAGAGCAUGUCACAGGACCAGCUGCCGCCUUGUAAAGUGUAAAGUCUCGUCGAGAAAAUAUUUGUCACACGGGUCAGUGCACACACACACACGGCAGCUUGAAGUGAAAAGCCCCCGGGAAUGAACUGCUUUGUUUAACCACUAAAAUUGUGUUUUUGGACUUUUGUGUUGAAUCAAUGACUAUUCAGAAUUUUGUGACUAAAACUGAUUUUUAAUUUUUUUUGCCAAGCGUAAAUAAUGUCAUAAUUUAUUUUCUAAACUCAAUGUGAGAUCAAACACUGCUUGUGUGCCGCAGGUUUCAGUGGAUGCCACAAUGUUGGCGACACCUCAUUUCCGUUCAUCGCUCCCGUUUAUAAUCCGUCGCUUGGUUGCUGUGGAUAUUAUCACAGUAAUUUGAUUUCCAUAAGGCCGGGGGGAAAUUCAGUGAAUGUGUCUUUGUCAAGGACUUUUCUUUUCUCUAUUCAACCUGCACUCAUGUGAAGCACUGCUUACUUUUGGAGCUUACAUAGAGAGUUUACAUGCUCUGAUAACUGGAAAAGAAAAAGCCUUAUCCCUGACAUUGUUUUAGUGAUAUUUAAAAUGUGUCCAUUGACAUUUUUCUGUGACCAUGAGAAAUGGAUUUUAAAUGUGAAUCUUUUCUUGUUUUCUUAUCUCAUGGUGAGUAAAUCGUGAAUUGUACCAAUA